AUGAAUUCAAAUGUUGAAAAGCAACAGCCAAGGCCACACAAACAGCACACCACUGAAGAAGUCGAGUCACCACGCCUCAGCAAAGAAUCCUUCGAACGAGACAUUGAGUCCCCAGACUCAGAUGAUAAUGGCACUACACUCAAACGCACUGUAUCGCGCAAACCACCCCAUCCCGAAUGUCGUUUGUGUAAGCAGGGUCUUACAGACGAAGAAGGAGAGCCUUGCCACAAGCAUGAUGGCUUCGAGACAGAUCCCAAUCUUGUACUCUGGGAUGGAGAUGACGAUCCAGCAAAGCCCAUGAAUUGGCCAAUGUGGCGUAAAGUCUGCUUCUCCAUCACUGCCUCUUGUUUCGUUAUUGCGGUGUCAUUGUCAUCUAGUAUAUUUGGUCCAGCCACCAAGAUCACGGCGCAGAAGUACAAUGUCUCCCAUGAGGUGAUGAACUUGGGCAUCACUUUCCAUAUUCUUGGGUUCGCCUGUGGACCUCUCAUUUUCGGCCCUUUGAGUGAAGUCCUUGGGCGUACUAUUCCGCUUUGGAUCGGCCUUUUCAUGAUGGGCAUCUUCCAGAUACCGGAAGCUGUUGCUCAGAACGUUCAGACUAUCCUCGUAUGCCGCUUCUUCGAAGGUCUUUUUGGUAGCGCUAUUUUUGCUGUCGUCAGCGGCAUGUUUGUCGACAUCUGGACUCCGAUCCACCGAGGUGUGGGAUUAGGAGCAUCGGCAACCUGUAUCAAUCUUGGCUCAACAUUUGCUCCAAUCAUUGGUGCCUACGCGACUAAUCACCUCAACUGGAGAUGGACAGCCUGGCUCACUCUCAUCUAUAUCGGACUAGUCGGCUUCUUUGGCAUACUCAUCAUACGUGAAAGCUUCGAACCAGUCCUUCUCGCUCGCAAAGCCAAACGUCUUCGUGCUCAAACCGGAAACACCAACCUCUAUGCCAAAUUCGAGGAAACCCCUGUCGAUUUGAAGAUUCUGGUACAGAAGUAUGCCACCAAGCCAGUGCGCAUGUUUGUUCAAGAACCUAUCUUGAUCUUCUGUACUAUUUACCUCACAAUCGUGUACGGAACACUCUAUCUCUCGUACCAAGCCAUUCCUUUCUCCUUCCGGAACCGAGGAUGGAGUGCUUCAGUCUCCUACCUACCUUUCAUCGCUAUCACUCUGGGUAUCAUCAGCGCCUGGAUCAUCUUCUCCGUCUUCACAUUGACCUGGUACAAGAAGAGGUGGCUCGUGAACAAAAGUGCACCACCAGAGGAUCGUCUCCCUCCCAUGAUUCUGGGCGCUUUCAUCCUCCCUCCCGCACUCUUCUGGCUAGGCUGGUCACAAGAAACGCACUGGGCAUCCCAAGUGAUUGCCGCCUAUUUCGUCGGCUUGGGCCUGUUGCUAAUCUUCAUUGCUGGUAUAGUGUAUAUUGUAGACACCUACCUGAUCAACAGCAACUCAGCAAUGUCUAUCCAUAUUGUGGUCAGGAGUAUUGUCUCUUCUUCAUUCCCGCUAUUUGCUGGCCCCAUGUUUGAGGGCUUGGCUACUGGAUGGGCGUGCUCGGUAUUAGGAUUCGUGUGUUUAGCGAUGAUUCCAGUGCCGAUUGUUUUCUAUCUCAAAGGCAAGACGAUAAGAAGUUGGAGUCGUUAUGCACCCGGUAAUCAGAUUUGA